AUCCUUUUUCAGCCGUUUUUUUGACUGGUCUCUUCGGGUUGAAUCGAUCAUUCCUCAACAUCACUUUCUUAGGGCUGCCAGCAUCGUUGGCAUUCGGUUUCGGAGCUGUGUUUAUGAUUUGCGCCGUUGGUGUUUACGUUUAGCUUUUCUUGAUACCCCCGACACAUCGCGCUUCACACAAUUUCUUCAGUCACUGGACUUGAUCUUCUCAAAAACUGCCUUGUCUGCCAGUACCCAAUCAUGGAUCCUAUUUUUUCUGCCGUUUCAAAUAACGCCAACCACCUCUAUACCCUUUUACGUUGUAUCGGGUUUGCCUCAAAAGCUUUCAUCCAAAUAACACCCGAUGGAAUACGAUUUUCCGUGGAAGAAAAUAGGGUAAUGCAGGGGUUAGCAUUUCUGGACAAGGCCCUCUUCACGACCUAUACUUUCAAUCCAUCUACUGAACAGGAGUGCAAUGGCGGGGGUGAGGGCAAUGAUCUAGAGGAACAAGAUCACAUCGUAUAUCCUCAGUUUCUAAUCUCACUCUCCGCUCUAUUGGAAACACUCCAGAUCUUUGGCAUCGGCGAUGCAAACUUACCUUCCUCUUCAUUUUCAAAUCAGGCCAGCAGCGUUGCUGGCGCUUUUACCAGUCCUGCAGUGCUGCUUGGCCGGUCUUGCACAUUGCGAUACAACAAUAUUGGGAGCCCUCUUAGUAUCACACUCUCAGAAUCCGGCAUUACGACGACAUGUGAGCUUACAACCUAUGAACCUGACGACCCUUCAUUCGGAUCUGCUGCGGGCGAGCUUGAUAUUCCACUUCAGCGCGAUGCUAUCAUCAUGAAAAUAAUCAUGCGCUCGGCAUGGCUUCAUAAUGCCAUAACAGAAUUAGAUGGCACAAAUCCCACUGUUCUCUCGAUCUCGGCCUCUUCCAAAAAGGAGCCUUUCUUUGCACUUUCCGGUUCAGGUGGACCAUUCAGUGAAUCGACCGUCGAGUUUUCAAUGGACAAAAAUAAUACUGACAGUGAUUUCAAUCACAAAUCACUAGCUGGUGAUGGGGGUCCAUUAUCAUCUAAACGCACAAAGCUCGCUCCGACAGUCACAGAGACCUUUCAGGUUAAUCCUCCUUCUUCUAUGGGCUCCCGCGUCAAGGAAAAUUAUCGCUUCGCACUCAUACGUAAGGCAGCAAGAGCGAUGGCUGCUGCCACAAAGGUGAGUAUUCGUGGUGAUAUUCAAGGUGUGCUGAGCAUGCAGUUCAUGGUUGAACUGGGAGAUAGUGGCGGUACAGCUGGUGGCAGCCUUUCUAGUGAAGGAUCUGCUGGGAAUGUUAGUUUUGUUGAUUUCAGAUUUGUGCCACUUAUUGGUGAUGAUGAAGAAGGAGAUGAGGACAAUGAGAUGGAAUCGUUUGAGUGACUUUGUUUCUAUUAGAAAAGCAGUGCUAUGGUUCAAAUAUACAUUGUCACAAGCCCAGGUAAAUGCAAUGUUACGUAUUCCAGAUAACUUCGAAUAACCCCGAACUCCUACCAAGACCACCCGCUGUUUCCAUCUGAUCUAACACCGGAUCGAAUGCAUUUGGAGAGUAAUAUUAAAGUCUCAAUCAAAUCACAUAACCUGU